AUGCCCGCUGCGGCCCUCGCACAGAGCGGCCAGGUGCUGCCCGCCUUCCUGCUGUGCAGCACGCUGCUGGUCAUCAAGAUGUACGUGGUGGCCGUCAUCACCGGCCAGGUGCGGCUGCGGAAGAAGGCCUUCGCGAACCCCGAGGACGCGCUGCGGCACGGAGGCCCCCAGUACUGCCGGGAGGACCACGACGUGGAGCGCUGCCUGAGAGCCCACCGCAACGACAUGGAAACCAUCUACCCGUUCCUGUUCCUGGGCCUGGUCUACUCCUUCCUGCAGCCCAACCCCGCGGUGGCGCGGCUGCACUUCCUGCUGGUCUUCCUGGGCCGCGUGGUGCACACGGUGGCCUAUCUGGGCAAGCUGCGCGCGCCCAUCCGCUCGCUGGCCUACACGCUGGCCCAGCUGCCCUGCGCCUCCAUGGCCCUGCAGAUCGUCUGGGAGGCGGCCCGCCACCUGUGA